AUGGGAAAUUAAUGUACUUCUGGGGACAAUGAUUAGUAUCCUAAUACCACAAGGGCUAUAAUAAUAAAUGAGUAGUUCAUUGAGGGAGAAAGACCUGGAAUUAGUUAGGAUCAUAGCAAAUUCAAUGAUGACGAUGCCAUUGUAUAAUAUUUAUAAAUAAUGUCAAGGAUGUCGUCAUUACAAAUGAUACAAAUUAUGGAAGAAAAUCUUUAAGUUAAAACUAUAUGAAACAGGCUCGAUAUAUUCUUUAAGAGAAUAUACAAUUAAAGCUCUACUAUUGUGUAAUUGUAAUGAAUAUUUUAGGGAUUACCUAUUCAAGGAUCUUAAGCUAUGCUUUUGUCUAUUUAAACAAAAGAUUAUGCAGCAACAACAAGAUAGGGAAUUGAUUUAGUAAUUCAAAAUUAAACUUUUAGAUAUGUUUAAUUGAUCAUAGUGGUAGUAUGAGUGGAGAGAAAAUGAACCUAGUUAAGAAAUCUUUGAAACAUUUAUUAAAUUUAUUGUAACCUAUUGAUAGAUUAUGUUUAAUUGAAUUUGAUGAUCAAAAUUAUAGAUUAACUCGAUUAAUGAGAGUGUCAGAUGAGAAUAAAUAUAAAUUCUUAAUUGCUAUUGAAACAAUACAAGCUAAUGGUUCAACUGAUAUUGGAAAUGCAAUGAAGAUGGCUCUAUCUGUGUUAAAACAUAGAAAAUUUAAGAAUCCUAUAGCUUCAAUAUUUUUAUUAUCAGAUGGUGAAGAUGAGGGUGCUGCAGGUAGAGUUUGGAAUGAUAUUUAAUCAAAAAAUAUCAGAGAACCAUAUACAAUCAAUACUUUUGGUUUUGGUAGGGAUUGUUGUCCUAAAAUUAUGUCAGAAAUUGCUCAUUUUAAAGAAGGAUAGUUUUAUUAUAUUUCUGAAAUAUCAAAAAUAGAUGAAUGUUUUGUUGAAGCUUUGGGAGGUUAAGCAUCAGUUAUUGCAUAUAAUACUCACAUUACAGUAUCAUGCAAGAAAAAUUCAAUAAAAAAAGUUUAUGGUGAUAAAUGGGUUUUCAAUUCAUAAGAUUCCACUUUUUCAAUAUACCAACCUCAAUUACUAUUUGGAAUAAGGAAAGACUUUGUAAUUGAGACUGGAGUUCCAUUAGGAUUGAUGGAUGAAAUGGUAACAGUAAGAAUGCAUACUGACUCAGUUGAAACAGGUGAAUAAUUCAUAAUUGAAUAAUUUGUCAAUAUAAUACCUAAUUUGAUGGCAGAUUAAAUAGUAUUUUAGUAAUAAAAAUCAUUAAAUGAUUAGGGAAGUCAUGACUCAUUAUUAUAGAGUUUAAGCAGCUGAAGCUUUCAGAAAUUCUCUAAAUUUAUGUUAUAAUAUGCAAUACUAAUAAGCUUAAUAAAGUAUUGUAGUAUUAUAAUAAUAAAUCUAUUAAAUGAACUUUAACAAUCCAUUAAUGAGUUUAGUGUAUUUAGAUUUAUAAUCAGCUUUAAGAUAUUGUGAUUAAACGUAUGAAUUGAAAUUAUUUUAGAUAUUUUAAUCAAGAAGGUAGACAUUAUCUUACUUAACUAUAUAUGAUUCACAUGUAUUAAUAACCAAGAGGAAUUGAGAUUGUAUCCAACGAUCCCAAAAACUAGGUUUAAUGUGUUUAUCAGAAUUAAUUGCAAAAACAAUAUAUUCUAUAAUUAAGAUAAAUCAAAAUGAAUAACCCUGGUUAAUUUUAUUGA